AUGGUUCAAUACAGAAGGACAGUGUACAGUGUACUGUGGGUACAGUUUGCAUUAGUUGCUUUAUAUGUAUUGUACCAUUUGUUCAGGUAGCAAUAAUCAUCGCUCAUCAUCAGUCGUAUUUAGCCAGUACUAUGGGAAUGGCAAUGACCUUACUUUAUUUUAACUCGACGUUAAAUCCGCCUCGUAAUUAUUGGAGGAUUAGUGAACUCUGA